AUGGAAAACCAGACUGCCGUAAAACAUUUCCUUCUUCUGGGAUUUACUGAAAUCUUUUGGAUAAAGAUUCUCCUCUUCCUCUUGCUCCUCAUUGUCUAUCUCCUGACUCUAUUAGGAAACAUGACCAUCAUUCUUGUGACGGUGCUAAAUGGCCAUCUGCACACACCAAUGUAUUUCUUCCUGAGGAACUUCUCCAUUGUGGAAAUGGGCUUUAUCUCCAUCGCUAUCCCCAACAUGCUCUUCCAGCUCCUGUCCAGACAGAAGACAAUCUCAUCAGUAGCUUGUUUCACUCAGGUGUUCUUCGCAUACUUUCUUGGCAUCAUGGAGUUUUGCCUGUUGGCUGUGAUGGCCGUCGAUCGCUACGUUGCCAUUUGCCACCCUUUCCGAUACUCCAUCAUCAUGCAUCAUAAACUUUGUGUCCAGCUGGUGGUCAGCUGCUGGCUGGUUAGCUUCCUGUGUUCCUUAACACCCAUCCUUUUCUUGACUCGUCUUCCUUUUUGUGGCCCCAACACCAUUGAUCAUUUUAUGUGUGACAGUGCCCCACUCAUCCAUUUGGCUUGCUCUGAUACACAGUUUGUUGAUUUGUUAUAUCUUGUCAUAGCAAUUAUUGUAUUGUUGGGGACUUUGGUUAUUGUUGUAGCUUCUUACAUCAAAAUUAUCUCUGCGGUGCUGCAUCUUCCAUCUGCUAAGGAGCGGAAUCGGACUUUCUCCACUUGCUCCUCACAUUUUCUUGUUGUCACUUUGCUCUAUGGCAGUUGCAUCUUUGUCUAUAUCCAGCCCGAGCAACAAAGACGCCUGGAGUUCAAUAAAGAGGUGUCUAUUCUCAACAUGGCGGUAUGUCCUUUGUUGAACCCCUUCAUAUACAGCUUCAGGAACAAGAGAAUGCAGGAGGCCUUGAGAGUCACUGGUGGUAGGUGGAUAAGCAAGUGGCGGAUCUCAAGCGGUCCUGCCACUGCGAACACUGAGAGAAUGUAA